ACCUCAAUAACAUCCAUAACCCCAAAUUUGUUUGUUUUCGGUUUGAUCUCUAUAAAAAAUUAAAAUGAGUUCGAACAACAAACGAACGAUUUACGUAGGGGGUUUAGCCGAAGAAGUAGACGAGCAAGUCCUAAAUGCUGCAUUUAUACCGUUCGGGGACAUAGUGGACGUGCAGAUCCCGUUGGAUUACGAGUCGGAGAAACAUAGGGGAUUCGCGUUCAUCGAGUUCGAAAGUGCGGAGGACGCGGCGGCGGCUAUCGAUAACAUGAACGAUUCGGAACUGUUCGGACGAACGAUCAGAGUGAACUUGGCGAAGCCGCAGAAGAUCAAAGAAGGCUCGACGAGACCGGUGUGGUCGGAGGAUACGUGGCUGCAGCAACACGCGGGCGAGACCAUCGGUAAGAAAGUCGGCACCGACGAGGGCACCGAGCAAGACAAGGAAACCGAAGAAGACGGCAAAACCGAGGCUAAGAAAGUUAAGAAUCCGCAGGUGUAUUUCGAUAUAAAAAUUGGAAAAACCGAAAUAGGUAGGAUUACGAUGAUGUUGCGGGCUGAUGUAGUUCCACGAACGGCAGAGAACUUCAGGUGUCUUUGUACGCACGAAAAGGGCUACGGUUUCCAAGGCAGCAGUUUCCACAGAAUCAUUCCGGACUUCAUGUGCCAAGGGGGCGAUUUCACCAAUCACAACGGUACAGGUGGAAAGUCGAUUUACGGGAGAAAAUUCGCAGAUGAAAACUUCGAACUGAAGCACGUCGGUCCCGGCACCCUUUCUAUGGCGAAUUCCGGACCGAAUACCAAUGGUUCGCAGUUUUUUAUUUGUACCUCGAAAACGGACUGGUUGGACGGGAAGCACGUAGUGUUUGGACAUAUCAUCAGUGGCAUGGAUGUGGUUAAGAGGAUGGAAAGGUGUGGCACGAAAAGUGGCAAACCUACGGACAAAGUAACUAUAGCGAGUUGUGGAGAAAUCCAAUAAUAUUUGUAAUAUUACCAAUAAAUUAAACCUUAUUUUUAUACAUCUACGCGUUUGAUUUUAUAGUUGAGAAAAAAACCCCUUUUGAGCAUAUUUAAUAUAUUUAAG